AUGUGGCAUACCACCCCCUUCCUGAAUGAACUUGAAGCACUGUACGUUGACCUGAAUCAGAACAUGGGUUGUUUCAGGUCCGCUGGUGGUAUAGGUGCCGCAACACCUGCUCACUUUGGACCCUCUAGUUACCACUUCGGUUUCAAAAGGGAUAACAGGGACAAUGUUAUUAACAUCCCAGAGAAGAAGUCUAGCAAUGUGGGUGAGUACAUGGCAUGUUUAUCGGAAAGCAUUGCUGCGAGGAGUACAUCUCGUGAUCAAGAACGUACCCGUGAGCAGGCGGAGGUGGACGAAGCAAUGCAAAUCCUACGAGAAGACGUUGUGCCCUAUAUUUCAGACAUGUUCUUUGAAGCGUUGGAGCUGUUCAAGAACUCUGUGUCGCGUAGGGAGUUCAAGAAUUUGUUAAACACAGAAGAGCAUCUUGCUUGGCUUACGUGGCACUUGAACAGGAACAACAAGUAG